GAGGGCCCCCCUCCCCGAUCCCGGCAUGCAUUGGGGAGUAGGCCCAGCCCUUCAUUUGGGCAGGAAGAUGGCGGCCUCUGGCGUAGAGCCGCAGAUCCUGGUACAAUACUUGGUGUUACGAAAGGAUCUAUCCCAGGCUCCGUUCUCCUGGCCAGCGGGCGCAGUGGUGGCGCAGGCUUGUCACGCGGCCACCGCGGCCUUGCACCUUCACCGCGACCACCCGUACACAGCGGCUUACCUCCGGGAGCUGGGGCGCAUGCGCAAGGUGGUCCUGGAGGCUGCAGAUGAGACUACCCUGAAGGAGCUAGCUGAGACUCUGCAACAGAAUAACAUCGACCACAUGCUGUGGCUGGAGCAGCCAGAGAAUAUUGCCACUUGCAUUGCACUCCGUCCCUACCCCAAGGAAGAAGUGAACCAGUAUUUGAAGAGAUUCCGAUUGUUCAAAUAAUUGAGGUUAUCAGUUGCUGUGAUACAUUUGAGUAUCAUCCGGAUCCAGACACUGCAUGCCAUGUAGUCUUAAGCAUCCAUGGUAACUCACUCUUCCCUUUAAGUUAUGACAGUUUCUUGAGGGUCAAACACAUGUUCACAUUAAAGUUGUCAUUAAUAGGUACUUCCUUAUUUUUAAUUAUUAAUUAGUUCAGAUGGGAAAGGUAGGUGUGCAACAAUAUCAUCUGUUACUGCUUAAAUAGGAGAUUUGCUUAGACUCCUAUACAUGGGUCAAGGAAAUGUUCUUCCUUCUUUGUUAGGAAUAACUGAAUUUUUCCAGUCACUCAAGUUUAAAACUUUGCCUUUGAAUUCUUUAUUUCUUAUUCAUAUCCAGAUACCGUAUUCAUUGAAUCUAGGACAACAUCAGUGUGAAGAUAACACCAUUAUUUUAAAUGUUGCUAAGGAAGAGGAGAUGCCAGUUAAAUUAAGACAUGCAAUUAACUGUCAGCUUUAUUUCAAUUUCAAAGAUGUUAAAAUAUGUGUGUAUGUAUAUAUACGUAUACCACUGUUCAUCAGGCUCUCAUUUUACUCACUGGAGUGUCCCACUGGUCUGUUCACCUCUAGUGUGUCCAGGUUAUAGUCCAGCAAAUGUUCUGCCACCUGGUUUAUCUGGGAUUAUUUAGCACCCUGUUCAAUGUAGGUUCCUGCUGGCCUAUGGAAUAAAGUCAGAAUGCUUUAGCUUAACCUUCAGGCCUUCCACAUUUACAUUUCCUACCUUUCUUUUUAGGUGAAGCUUCUAUUCCCUUAUCCAAAUUUAAUGUUUCAACAAGACACUCCUGUUCCUGCCCUCCAGUCUCUGGCCUGGGGGUCCAAUGUUAGAACCUUUCUCCUCCCUUUCCUGCCUCUGAACUUUAUUUCCAGCUCAAGUGCUAUCACCUUCACAAAGUCAAAAAUAAUGGUUCUCACCUCCUUCACUGUUAGUGGGAAUGUAAAUUGGUGCAACUAUUGUGGAAAACAAUAUGGAGGUUCCUCAAAAAACUAAAAAUAGAAGUACCAUUUGACCCAGUAAUUCCACUCCUAGGAAUUUACCUGAAGAAAGCAAAAUCCCUGAUUUGAAAAGACAUAUGCACCUGUUUAUCACUGCACAAUUUACAAUAGCCAAGAUAUGGAAGCAACCUGAAUGUCCAUUAUAAGAUGAAUGGAUAAAGAAGAUGUGAUAUAUAUACACAAUGGAAUAUUAUUCAGCCAUAAAAAGAAAAGAAAUCCUCCUAUUUGCAACAACAUGGAUGAAUCUAGAGGGUAUUAUUCCCAGUGAAAAAAGCCAGGCAGAGAAAGACAAGUACCAAAUGAUUUCACUUAUUUGUGCAGUAUAAAAAUAAAGCAAAACAGAAGGAACAAAACAGCAGUAGAGUCAUAGGCACUGAGAAGGAACUAGAGGUUUCCGAAGGGGAGAUGUUGGGGAGGAAGAAGGGGAUUAAGGGGCACAGUAAUUCACAAUCACAAUAUACGUUGGUCAUGGAGACGCUACUACAGGAUGGAGAAUACAGUUAAUGAUUCUGUAACAUCUUACUACAUUGAUGGACAGUGACCACACUGGAGGGGGUGAGGGCUUGAUAAUAUGGGUGAAUGUUGAACCACUGUGUUGUGUAUUUGAAGCCGUCAUAAGAUUGUAUAUCAAUGAUACUUUAAUAAAAUGAUGGUUUUCUUCUCUGAA